AUGUCAAAGACUUCUCGAGAACCUAUCAAAGUAAAGCUCUCUUUCAAUGGAGAAACCAGGAAAAUAUCUUCUGCCCACAGUUUCAAUGAACUCCAUGAUACAAUCUGUCAGAUGUUUGGGCUGCAGCCUGACUCCUUCAGCAUCAAGUACAAAGAUGAUGAAGACCUGAUUACCAUCGACGGCCAGGACUCUUUUCUGAUCGCCAUCGAAGACUUUGACUCUUCUGGCAGCGCCUGUGUGAAGUUCUACAUCUUCGAAGACAACACAGGCGUGGAGUACUCAGUCAUCAAUCAGAGCGAAGUCCAUGAGGCCACAAAGCCUAUCCCCGAUACCUCUGUCGUUGGUUUUAAUAAAACUCCGAGGAAGCCUUCAGAAGUGAUGCCCGCAGCUAUUGAUGAAUUUUCAAAUGAGUGGAACAUAGCUGUCAAGCAAGCAAAGACCAAUUCUAAAGAAAAAGAAUGUCAUAACAUACAGAAAAAUCCAGUGGAAUGGAGUCAAGCUUUUAUCAAACCUUGCAAAAUAUAUCAAAUAGAGGAGAAUAAAUCAGACCAAAAGGCAGAGUCUCAAAGAUUUACUGAGGAACCAAAACCUCUCCAUCUUGAUUUUUCUUGAGACGGAUGAGGUGCAUGUCCGAUUGUUGGAGCUAGGUUUAGAAGUAUUGUUUUGGAUAAUUACGACCUCUGUGAGAAAUGAAGUAAAUUUCUGCAUCUUGAUAUACCGAUGAUUAAAUUCAACUCUCAUGAUCAUUUCCUCGAAUAUAUGGCUGAUCUGAACAGUCUGUAUAUGGACCAAUCUGUUAUCAAUCAGCUUGAAGAGCAGAAAGCAAAAAGUGAUGAACCAACAAUUAUAAAGAAAGACAUAUCAGAUAUUCCUCGGAUUUGUCAAGUUGAAAGUAUCAGUGACUAUGAUGCAAUGAUUGUUGACUCUAUGCCAAGAACCAACUAUACUAUUGACUAUAGACAAGAUAGUAUUUGUAUCACAUUCACAGUGAAGAAUACAGGUAUCACUGAAUGGCCUUCAGCUUUUAUGAUCCACUUACUUGAAUGAGAUGAUUACGAAGUCAGUACACAAGAUUUCAAAGAGCUUGUUACUUUUAAUCCAACCAUUGAUAGAAAGGUGAAGCCUUCUGAACAAAUCAAGAUUGAUGCAACCCUAAAAACUCCUAAAAAUGGAACAUAUAAAUACAAGUUUUGCAUGCAUACAAUGAACUACAAAACAUUUGGAACGCCAUUUGAAUUCAUCUUGAAUGUGAAAGGAUGCUCCGAAUUUGCUAAGCCUCUUCCGAAGUCCUCUGUAUUCAGACCUAGAAUUCAGAACAUGUUCCCAAGAUACUUUAGAAAGCCAAUAAAAAACAGUUGGUGGCAAAAGAAAAAGAAAGGAUUCAAUCAAAACUGUAAUUAUUUUGAUUAUUAGCCAAUAUUUCAACUAUCUUAUAAAAUUCCCUCCAAAUUAUAUGUAGUACACCUUAAGUGUCUUGAAAUUCCUCAUUGAGUGUAUUAUCUCUGAAGCAAACGCUGUUCAGUUUCCUCCAAUAAAAAAAGCCAGCAAGAAAAUAUAGAUAACGAGAAAAAUUCGAACACAAAGGCAUAUAGCUAAACUGCCUUAUCAAGAUCUACUUUAAUGUUUAAUACACUCUAAA